CUUAGGCUAUCAAUUGGCGCUUUCCGUACUAGUCCACUACAGUCUAUAUAUGCAAGUUCGGGUGUACCGCCUCUGUACAUACGUAGAGAGAUGUUGUUAUGCAACUAUCUUGUUAAGAUGUUAUCAAUUAGAAACCAUCGAAAUGCCAUUCUUUUAAACGAUAAUGACACUAUACUAGAGUACCAGCGAAGGCCUACUGUAAGUAGACCUGCAAUAAUCAGGGCAUUAGAACUAUUAGGUACACUUGGUGAAGAAAGGCCCAAUUUAAUGCAAUAUGCGAUUACACCUUACGCUCCCUGGAUUUUGUGCGAUAAUAUCGAUACGGUACUGGACAUAUCGGCGUUCAGCAAAAACGAAACAUCAAAUAUUGUAUACAGAAUGCAUUUUAGGGAAACUAUAGGAAAAUAUCCGGAUGCUACAAUUAUAUACACGGAUGGUUCUAAAACAGAAAGGGGAACGGCUAGUGCUAUGUUUGUCAACCAGAAAAGUUAUGCUUGGAGACAUUCAGACAUCACCAGCGUCUAUGUCUUAGAACUGUACGCAAUAUGGCACUCACUGAUAUUUUGUGAAUAUGAAAAUACCAAGCAGGUAGUCAUAUGCUCUGACUCAUUAAGUGCCAUGCAUGCAUUAGUCAAUAAAGCAAAUUCUGUAGACCCUUUGAUAUGCAUUAUAAAAGAUCGUAUACAAUACCUACUAAAUAUUAAUAUUAGGGUGACAUUAAUCUGGAUCCCAGGUCAUGCUGGGAUUGCCGGUAACGUAGCUGUAGAAAAAAAGAAUGUAUGAGAAAUGGAACUCUGCUUGGCAAGAUGCAAAUACUUACCUGUAUAAAUUUCAAAACAGCACACAAGCAAUCAAAAUAAAUUACCAUUUAUCGAAAAGGGAAGAAAUUGUUUUCACGAGGUUACGUAUUGGUCAUACUCGUAUGACACAUCAACAUCUGCUGGGAAAAACCACACGAGAGGUAUGCGAUGUAUGUCGAGAUAGAGUCACUGUGGACCAUAUCUUAGUAGAGUGUCCAAAAUACGCAGAUCGGAGGAAUGUGGCAGGUAUGAGUGGAAACAUUGCUGAAGUCUUGGAUGGGGGUCAGGAGAGUCUGAGGAGGGUGAUGGAUUUCCUAAAAAGUAUCAAUUUGUUUAGAAUGCUUUAA